AUUUUUCUCUCUCUAUAAUUCUCGCGCGUGAUCCCAAAGGUGCAGCCUUUUUCCCCCUCUCACCUCUUUAUCCGCCAACGGGAUUAAGGCUAGGGUUAGGGGUACGCUUUGCUCCGGUCAUGCUCCGCCUUUCCUAGCGCCUCUCUAGAUCGAUUCCCUCCUUCCGGCUCUCGCAAUGGCCUGCCGCCUCAUCAAGGUGGCACCGCCCGCCGUCGAUCCCGUCGACCACGUCGACUACUCCUUCGCUGUUGAGUAUCAGGGCCCCCCCGUACCCUAUGACCUCCCGCGCGCCUUCCCCAUCGACGUCGACCGCAUCCCCCUCGCCUUUGUUGCCCCGCCCUCUGCCGCACUUCCUGACCUCCCCGUCGUCCACCCGCUUCCCUCCCCCUCCUCCUAUCCCCCUAUGAAGCCGCACCAGCAGCUGCCGCUGCCGACAGAGCCUGCCAUGCCUGCCGCUCCCUCCAUCUCUGUCAUUGAGAAUCGCGCCUCUAUGGAAGGCCCCGACGCCGAUGCCUCUGUUGAACCUGGAAGCUCCGGCGUGCUCGGCUCGUCCAGCUUGGUUGACCCCUCGACCGAGCUUUCCGAGGUAGUCGACAGCUCUGGCGCUAUUGGGUUCUCUGACGAGUUUUGCGACGGGUUUGCUUCGGCUGAUGACAUGGCGCCGAAUCGGCUCUCGACAGAGUCGACUAUUAGCAUGGAGUUUGGAUUCCAGUCAUCCGCCUCCGGAGAUGAGCAUGAUGAGGCGGUCGCUGUGCAAGCGAAAAAGGCGUUGCUCGCGACCUUUCAGGAAUCAGGCGAGUCCAGUUGUUCCAUGUCUCCGGCAAUAGUGGACUCUCCUCAAGAAAGGUCGGAGGAAAUGGAGGUAAAGAUAAAAAAGGGAGCUUGCUAUAAGUGCUUGAAAGGAAGCCGUUUCACGGAAAAAGAAUCUUGCUUGGUCUGCGACGCUAAGUAUUGCAGUGGAUGCGUGUUGAGAGCCAUGGGAUCCAUGCCCGAAGGGAGGAAGUGCAUUUCCUGCAUUGGUUCUCCAAUACUGGAAUCGAAUAGGGAAAGAUUGGGGAAGAGCUCCCGCGUGUUGAAGAAGUUGCUCAGUUCCCGGGAAGUUCAGCAGCUGAUGAAGAUUGAAAAGAGCUGUGAGGAAAAUCAGCUCAAGCCAGAAGAUAUUUGUGUCAAUGGAAAGAAACUCAGCAUGGACGAGAUGGUCCUGUUGCAGAGCUGCCCUGUCCCUCCUCCAAAGUUGAAGCCGGGGUUCUACUGGUACGACAAAGUAUCUGGUUAUUGGGGCAAGGAAGGGCACAAACCAGACAACAUCAUUUCUCCACAUUUAAAUGUAGGCAGUGCUCUAAUGCGAAAUGCUAGCAAUGGAAAUACUGGAGUUCUUAUAAAUGGUCGGGAGAUUACCAAAGUUGAGCUGAAGAUGCUUAAGUGGGCCGGUGUCCAUUGUGCUGGGAAUCCUCAUUUUUGGCUCAAUGCUGAUGGGACAUACCUGGAGGAAGGGCAGAAGACUGUGAAAGGGAUGCUUUGGAAAAAGACUCGUAUGAAGCUUCUAUGCCCUGUUCUUUCAUUGCCAUUUCCUAGUAAGGUUGCAAAUGGUUCUGGGGAAGAGACUAAUAACUUGUUGAAUCAAUCUAUUCCUGACCACUUUGAUACGAGAGCACUCCAGAAAUUUCUGUUGGUUGGGCACCAUGGAUCGGGAUCUAGUACCAUUUUCAAACAGGCUAAGUUCCUUUACAAAAGUGUGCCUUUCUCUGAGGAAGAGCGACAAGAUAUCAAGCUUCUGAUUCAAACCAACAUAUAUAAUUAUCUGGGUCUACUGCUUGAGGGACGUGAACAUUUUGAAGAAGAGAUUUUGGCUGAGAGAAUAGACAAACAACAAUCGGAUUGCUCAGGAGAUAUUGCAUUAGGCAAAAAGAGAAAUAUGACAGAGUAUUCCAUCAACGCACGGCUGAAAGCAUUUUCAGACUGGCUUCUUAAAGUUAUGGCAUCUGGCAAUCUUGAUGCUAUUUUCCCAGCUUCUACACGGGAGUAUGCCCCACUUGUAGAAGAGUUGUGGAAUGAUUCUGCAAUUCAAGCUACGUAUAGACGGAUAAAUGAGCUUCAAUCACUGCCUAGUAAUGCCAGUUACUUCUUGGAGCGGGUUGUUGAUAUGUCGAGAAUUGAGUAUGAACCUUCUGAUAUUGAUAUCCUCUAUGCCGAUGGAAUAAGUUCUUCCAAUGGAUUGAUGCAUACAAACUUCCAGUUUCCACCAUCAGCUUAUUCUGGAAGAAGUAUUGAUGAUGACGAUAUGCAGGAAACCUUGCUAAGGUAUCAGCUCAUCAGAAUUAACACCAAAGGCCUGGGAGAUAACUGCAAGUGGUUUGACAUGUUUGAAGAUGUUCGGAUAGUCAUUUUUCCUGUUGCUAUAACAGACUAUGAUGAAUACUACGAAGACACAAAUGGCAUGGUUAAGAAUCGAAUGAUGGAGAGCAAAAGGCUCUUUGAGUGUAUUGCUAGUCAUCCAUCCUUUGAAGAUACAUAUUUUCUUCUGAUCCUAAGUAAAUUCGAUUUACUCGAGCAGAAGAUAGACAUUGCACCUCUAACAUUAUGUGAAUGGUUUGAUGACUAUAAUCCUAUUAAUAGCCGGUAUCCAUCCAAGAAGACUAGUCAAGGUGCUCAAAUUGGCGCUACCAAAGCUCAGCAAGCUUUUCACUAUGUUGCUACAAAAUUCAAGAGGCUAUUUUAUUCCAUUACUAGGCGUAAACUCUACGUCACACUGACUAACAGUUUGGAUUCGAAUUCUGUUGACGCGGCACUUCAGUAUGCAAAAGAGAUCGUCAAGUGGGAAGAUGAAAGUAUGGUGUAUUGCAUAUUGGAAUCCAUUUAUAGCACAGAGUUAAGCUCCCAUUCUCACUGAUACCAGCAGGAAAUAUAGCUGUAAAUAUAUAGUCUUACAUUUUUUUCAUUGAAAUUGAUCUAAAAUGCCUCCAGUUGUGUAAUAUUAUCAUUCGUAACAGUUCUACUCAAUGAAAUAGCUUUCUGGUGUC